AUGAACCUGGGUGACCAGAAGGACAGGACUGGGUGUACAGUGGGCACAGGGUUAGUUAAUCCCAAAUCCUGGCAUUUAUUUGUGUCUCUUGCCUUCCACAGUAAUCAAGAUGAUUACCAACUUGUUCGAAAACUUGGUCGUGGGAAGUAUAGUGAAGUAUUUGAGGCCAUCAACAUCACCAACAAUGAAAGAGUGGUUGUAAAAAUUCUCAAGCCAGUGAAGAAAAAGAAGAUAAAACGUGAGGUUAAGAUUUUGGAGAACCUUCGUGGUGGAACAAAUAUCAUUAAGCUGAUUGAUACUGUAAAGGAUCCUGUGUCAAAGACACCAGCUUUGGUAUUUGAAUAUAUCAAUAAUACAGAUUUUAAGCAACUCUACCAGAUCCUGACAGACUUUGAUAUCCGGUUUUAUAUGUAUGAACUACUAAAAGCUCUGGAUUACUGCCACAGCAAGGGAAUCAUGCACAGGGAUGUGAAACCUCACAAUGUCAUGAUAGAUCACCAACAAAAAAAGCUGCGACUGAUAGACUGGGGCCUGGCGGAAUUCUAUCACCCUGCUCAGGAGUACAAUGUUCGUGUAGCUUCGAGGUACUUCAAGGGACCAGAGCUUCUUGUGGACUAUCAGAUGUAUGACUAUAGCUUGGACAUGUGGAGUUUGGGCUGUAUGUUAGCAAGCAUGAUCUUUCGAAAGGAACCCUUCUUCCAUGGACAGGACAACUAUGAUCAGCUUGUUCGCAUUGCCAAGGUUCUGGGUACAGACGAGCUGUAUGGGUAUCUGAAGAAGUAUCAUAUAGACCUAGAUCCACAUUUCAACGAUAUCCUGGGACAACAUUCACGGAAACGCUGGGAAAACUUCAUCCACAGUGAGAACAGACACCUUGUUAGCCCUGAGGCCCUAGACCUUCUGGACAAACUUCUGCGAUAUGACCAUCAACAGAGACUGACUGCCAAAGAAGCCAUGGAGCACCCAUACUUCUACCCCGUGGUGAAAGAGCAGUCCCAGCCUUGUGCAGAGAACGCUGUGCUUUCCAGUGGUCUCACGGCAGCCCGGUGAAGACUGGAGAGCGACGGGUCUGUUGCGGUACCUCCCACUUUUCCAUAAGCAGAACAAGAACCAAAUCAAACGUCUUAACGUGUGUAGCGAGAUCACGUUCCGUGAGCAGACACAAAACGGUGGCAGGUUUGGCGAGCACGAACUGAAGGGCAGCCUACCACCGUAUAUCAAACCUCACUUCCGAAUGUAAAAGGUUCACAUGCCUUGACUUCCUGUUGACUUCCUCCCGACCCAGAAAGCAUGGGAAAUGUGAAGGGUAUGCAAAAUGGUUGUUGGUUACUGUUGCUCUCCACGCCCCUUGAUGUGUCCUGUGGCCGCCUGUUUUUCCAGCAAACCACGUUAAUUAGCUGACCACAGACACCACAGUGGGGGAAUGGGGGCAAUAUAUGGCAUGACGGGCAGUUACAUAUUAUUUUAAAAGUAUAUAUUAUUGAAUAAAAGGUUUUAAAAGAAAUGUAUGGAGAGUUUUCAGUAUGGAAAGGACCAUUUAAAAAGACCUAUGACCAUGGAGGACUGAGUGACAGAAGAUCUUGUGUGCCAGGUUCCAACCAGAGGAAAGUGGGGGAAGUCCCGAGGUGAGGAGGGCCAGUUAUAAAGAGCAAUGCAGAGAAAAGGGAGUGUUCAGAGGUGUGGAGUGACCCAUCCUAGGAGUGGGGCAACCAGAGAAAGGAAGCACCCAGUGGGCUGGGAGAGCUGGCCAGUGGCCACCCGGGCCCCAGUCUGAAUUGGGUGAGUGGCCCAGCAUUUGAAGUAGGUAAAUAUUGCCUCCACUGAACUCAAAAAGAUGCCUUAGCCCUUUUUUUUGCUGUCCCUUGGCUUAUGUCUGAACAUUUCAUUCCAUGUCCUAAUCCUGCCCGCCUCCCCUCUGAAAAAACACCUCGUCCCAGAGGCUGGUGGAGCCUACUGUCCAGAGGCAGGGGAGGGAUGAGCUGGGGGCUGCUCCUGGUCACGUUCUGACGCUCCAUGAAUGAGAAGUGAACUGGUCCUCCCAAAUGGCAAAGAGGCUGGAGUGGAAGCAACAGUUGUAUGUUUAGUGAAAACAAAACCAGUUUUACAAACGGCUUUGCUGGCUCCCUCAGACCUGGGUCUUACCUCCCAGAACAGCUGUGCCGGGGGUGGGCAGUGAGAACAGUGGCCACAGCCUGGUGGCCACCCAGCCUUGCCUCUGAUGGCUGGGCCUGUGUCCUCCCACUGCCUGUAGAGGGCAGAAGAAUAAGCAGAAGUGGACACCCAGGUUGGGGUGCCGGCCUGGUCUCCACAGAGGCCAUUUGUUCCACACAACACUCCUCCUCUGCUGCUUGUUCUGAACAGCUGUGUGAAUCCAAGUGUGGACACUCAGGGCAUGUGGAGCAAUUAUAGAAAAAGGCAAAGAGGUCCCUGUCAGGGCUGCCACCACCACGCCACAGUGUCCUUUGGACCAGCUUCUGCCAUUUUCAAACAGUUCCUCAGGCCUGAGAGCUUGAAAUUACCUGCCCCUGGAUACCAGCGAGUGAAAACCCACAGGCCACCAGCAGAGGACUUUGCCAGGCCAGUGGGACAUAAACAGACUUGGUACUUCCUGGCCCCAUCACUGACCUAAUUUGUUUAAGCUGAAUCUUUUGUGGGGCUCUACAAAUUCUUGUUGGUCUUCCAGAUCUCUGGGAUGGCAUCAAAAUACCUCAUUUGAAUGUGUGUGUUUUACCUACACAGCAUGUAUGUGUUAUCUCCAUGUGGACCUGCUGGUGUUUAAGGCCCUUUCCAGAUGUGGAGGGUCUUGUACAAACAGGUCCACAAGUGGUGGGCUUGGGGCUUGGAAUGUUCACUUUGCCCUCAAUCUCUCCUCCUGUCUUCAACCCUGGCUCUCCUUAACUUUCCAGUAUGGAAGUCUCGAUUUCCAGAAACUUCUGAAGGAUAUUAAAUAAGCUUGGGUUUUGAGGAUGGUUAUGGUUGGGGAGGAGAGUGGUUGUAGAAGGAAGCAGAAGGAGAAGUUUUUGCUUAGGUGGUUUUGACUUUGAGAGAAGGGAGCCUGCUGACCCAAGGAUCAUCUGUAGUUGGAGUUUCAGAAUCACAUCUUCCAAAAGUCCUGUUUGUAUUUUGGUGGAUUAAUAUUUAUUGCAUUUUCCUGAAGAUUGAAAUAAUCCAUGCUUGUGGUAAAUAAAUGCAAAUGAAUUUUAUCAUUAUCAACAGAAAAGUUGAUGAAGCCCCACCACUAUGCGCACCGGUGCACACAUGCACGCCCUUUCUUCCGUUGGAGGUAACAACUGUUAAAAUUGGUGUGUAUGCUCCCAUUUUUUCCUAUGCAUUUACUGACAUUGAUUCUCAUGGUAAUAGGAAUGUAAUAGAAAUGUAAUUGAACUCUGUUAUUUACCAGAAACUUGGCAUUUUCACUUAACUGAAAAUCUUAUUAUAUUUGUGUGUAGAUCUACCUCACCCCUUUAUCAUGGCGGCAUGGUAUUCCAUUCUGUGACGUAUCACAACUGAAACAAUUCCUUCUUCAUAGACUCUGGGUUGUUUCUAUUUUCAGUAUUGCUGCAGUGGGCAAAUCUGCACAUAAGUUUUUUUGAAUUGGUUAUAUGUAAAUAAAAUCUUAAAGAGUUACUAUGCCAUAUGAUUUUUUAAAAAAUGUUAUGAUUCUGAGAAGGCAGUGUUCUGCCCCUUCCACACUAGUACAGAUUAGACCUGCCAUGACUUUAGUCAUGGGGUUCUUGGGGGGUUUAGGCACUUGGGGCCUGGUGCCCAGUGCCUGUGAGCUUUCUGGGGACCUACAGAAAUGUUUAAAUCUGAAAAACAAGUGAUGACUCUACAUCAAGAAAGUUGAAAAUAAAAAUUAAGUGGAAUUAAAUGUCUUAAAAUGGAUAAUCCUAUGAAAUUUAUUGUUGUUAAAGUCAAUAUUUACUUUAAAACAUACUUUUCUCAUUCCAGUGAGUUACCAUCAUAAAAUCCAAUGAUUCCACAAGCAAAUUCUAAAGAUUUUUUUUUAAUUACAGGAAGAAAUUAUCUUAAAUAUGAAAAAUAGUUUCAUUUUAAUGUAUUUGGAAUGCUAUGGAAAAACCUUCAAAAGUAAGCAUGCCGAGAGCCAGCAAAUGUUUUAAAAUAGCCCUGGCUAGAGGGGGCCAGGUGGAAUGGAUGAGCAACAUUUCCAGAAUAUUAUUCUUCAGGCUGUUGAAAUAAUGUGCCUCUCAAAUGAUUUUACUAGGUGAAGAAGCCAGACUCAAAAAGCUGCACACUGAGUGAUUCCAUUUAUGGGACAUUCUGGAAAAGGCAAACCAGGGAUGAGAGCAGGUCUCCGGUUGCCUAGGAUUAACGAUGGCUACAGAGGGUUAGUAUGAGGUCAUUUUGGGGGGUGCUGCAAUCAUUCUGUGGCCUAAAUGUGAUGGUUGUAUGACUUGGUGCCUUUGUCAAAACUGUACACCAAAAAAAAAGUACAUUUUAUUGUUUGUAAACUUAAAAAUUCAUUUUAAAAAAUAACAAUAAUGUGCAGGGGCCUAACAGCAUCCCUUUGGACUUCAGGCUCAGAUUAGCAGGAACCUCAUCUGCCCGCCUCUGACUUUUCCUAAUAGUCAGGACUGAUGGUCUUCCUUGGAUAGAACUGCUGGGACCCACUUCAGUUGCCCUUGACCAGCUGAAGACUCCAGGCAUUCAGGGCACGCUUCCGUCUUUGCUCUCGGCUGAGGGACAAACUCCACCUCGUUGCUGUGCCUCUCCCUCCUACCCCCAUAUCAUCAGGGAGAGGUGAAAAAUAAGUUCUGCCUUACAGUGCAUGGCAUGUCUGUCCCUUGUGUGUCCCAAGGGAAGGUUCUCUGUGUUUCUAGACUUGGACUGACAGGAAGGGUUGCUGUCCCCUGGGUGUUAGCAUCUGACCAGGGUUUUUAUGCACUGAAAGGAAUGCUUAUAACUACUUAUGUUUCAAAUAAUGUCUUCAUUAUUAAAAUUGUACAUUUAAAAAUCUCA